AUGGAUCGACUAUCUGAAGAAGAUAGAUUUGAUAUCAACAUGGAACGAAUAUCAUUGAACGAGCAAGAAAUUCAACAACCUGUCGAAGACGGUCAAGUCAAUGAUAAUCCUGGUUCAGAAGAUUCGUCAGAGGAAUUUUCAAAUGAAAAGGAGGAGUUUUCAGAUGAGCCUUUGGUUCAACCGGAUGAAGCAGAACCUGUGAUUGCAGAACCUGCGGUUGCGGAACAUGCAGUUGCAGAACGUGCGGUUGCAGAUCCUGUGUUGGUAGAACAUGUAGUAAGGGAUCAUGUGGUUGCGGAACCUGCUGCAGUUGAAAACUUCCCAGUAUUUUACUUCAUAAUUGAUAACCAAUUGGUGCGCUUGCGGGGUUUUCGGCAUCUUUUGCGUUUCGGACUUGGGCCUUUAGUGCAGCUGCCAAUGUAA